AUGAGCACGCUCCGCUGGCACCGCGAGGUGGGUCUGCUGGACCGCAUCCACAACCGCUGGGAGUCGCAGCGGCCCGAGUGCUCGGCGCAGAUCAAGGUGUUCGUCCCCAUCGGGCUGCAGGAGUUCUACCCGGCGCUGCUCGUGCUGUACAACGGCAUGCUGCUCUCCCUCACCGUGCUCGGCGUCGAGUUCGUCUACAACUCCAGGGCAGUCACCUCGUGCCUGCUGCGGGCCUGGCGGAGGGAAAACAAGGAAAAGGAGCCACUCGUCGCCGAUCAGUGAUGCCAAUCACAGGGAGUCGGGACUUAAAUAAAACAGCACUAUGCAAGCAAAGCGCCAAAGUGUACAA